UUCCGUGCAGAUAUAUUCGUGCUCUAGAACCCAAACUGUAUUAGUUUGGCUAAGGAUGAUCACAUUUAUUCUUUUUGUUCUAUUACUAUGCUGUCUUACAUACAUGUGUCUGGUUACGUGCGUUUCUUGUCCAUAUGGAAACCUCUGGUGACUGUGCUGACAUGGAAUGUAGCCUGGAGCUCUCAGACAGUUGUUUCUUCACUGCCACCUUUUUCUAACACCGACAUCGAACACCAACCUCACUUCAGUAACGAACCCCCCACUGACGUCACCGUUUCUGUCGGCCAAACAGCACACUUGCAAUGCAGAGUUGUUGACCUUGGGGAUAAAAUGGUUUCCUGGAUCCGUCUACAUGACCUUCACCUCUUGACUGCUGGGCAGUACACCUACAGUAAUGAUCAACGAUUAUCUGUAAUCUAUAAACCAAUGUCCGGGGAUUGGACACUACAGAUCCAGUUUGUGCAUCAACGCGAUAAAGGGAAGUACGAAUGUCAGAUCAACACUGACCCAUCAGUUAGUCGUAUUGUUCAUUUGAACGUUAUAGCACCAGUUCAAAAGUACAAGCGGAAAUCACACGAUUGGGAAACACCAAUGAACGAUGCCACUAUCUCAAAAUUUAAGGGGCCAUUCAUACAUAUUGAAGCUGGUGAGUCCAUUACCAUUACAUGCUUCAUGGACGGUGGAUCUCCUGGUCAAUGGUAUCACGGAGGGUCACUGGUAAAUGAAAGAGCCGUGAUCACAUAUAGAAAAAACCGAAGUGGUAACAUCCUAAGUAAAUUACACAUCCCACGUGCUAUACCAGAAGACUCUGGAAAUUACUCGUGUGGAUCCCGUGCCACCGAAAGUACGCAUAUUACAGUAUGCGUUGUAAAUACUUCAACAGCUGUCAUGAUGACCAAAAAGACGUGGUUUAUUUGGAACUGGCCUUUGGUCGUAAUACUGACCUUCGCGGCUAACAUUAAUUUGGAAAAAUGAAAGAUCACACAUAACUUAGUAUUAUCUCCAUUUAAUGGAUAUGUGAAUAUUUGUUUACGUUUAAUAAAUUAUACAUACUAAAAAUAUUGUUUCUACAUGGUAGUGUGAAGUAUGAUAUAAGAAGUUAAUGGAUCAUGUUUUUUUUCAAUCGAGAUAUGUUGGUAUCAGUUGUCAGGAAUAGACGAACUGAAUAUUAACAUCAUUUUGUUUGGCUGUACGUUUAUUAGCUAUGUAUGAAUAUAAUAUACUUUAUUAUUUUUAUGUGUAGAGGAUUUAAUUCAUCUUCAUAUAAUAUUU